ACGACAUAGCAAGGGUUCCCGAACCACCCCAGCCGUCGUCUUCCUCCCCCGCCGCCAUCUCCGGCGCCAGUCCUUCACCAUGAUCAUCUCCAAGAAGAAUCGCCGCGAGAUCUGCAAGUACCUCUUCCAUGAGGGUGUCUUGUAUGCCAAGAAGGACUACAACCUGGCCAAGCACCCGAAGCUUGAUGUGCCCAACUUGGAGGUCAUUAAGCUCAUGCAGAGCUUCAAGUCUAAGGAGUAUGUGAGGGAGACCUUCUCCUGGCAACACUACUACUGGUACCUGACCAACGAUGGCAUUGAGCACCUCCGCAGCUUCCUCAACCUGCCAUCAGAGGUUGUGCCUAAUACCCUCAAGAAGUCCGCCAAGCCCCCGUCUCGCCCCUUCGGCUCUGGGCCACCGGGUGACCGCCCGAGGGGCCCACCUCGUUUUGAGGGUGACAGACCAAGGUUUGGGGACAGGGAUGGUUACAGAGGAGGUCCACGUGGUGCUCCAGGUGAUUUCGGUGGAGAGAAGGGUGGUGCUCCUGCAGAGUUCCAGCCAUCUUUUAGGAGUAGCAGACCUGGCUUUGGCCGUGGCGGCGGCGGUGGUGCCUUUGGUGCUGGGGGAUUGUCCAUGGAGUGAUUCUUCAUUUACUCGCACAUUGAUUUGAUCAACAUCUUUUCAGAUGCAACGCGCAAGGGGCGUCUUCUCUGUUGGAUCUCUGAAUUAUGAUAACAAUUGAGAUUUUGUUCAUCGAAUUGUAGCCGCGGUUGUUCUAGACAUGGUUUGUGAUUUUGUUUUUGUUGGAGGGAACUCUUGAAAUGAAGGAGGCUGUUAGCAGACCGAGAAUGUUUUAGAAUGCCAUGAGCAAGUUAUCAUUCAAUCA